GUGUUGGUGGCGGCUGUGGUGGCGGCUGUGGUGGCGGUCGGUGCUGGUGUGGCUGUUGUGGCGGUCGCUGACGGACAGUAAAAUCAACACACGGGCCGCACACUCGUGUAAAGGUGGGUUCCGCACUCCGUGCCUCGCCCUCAUCCUUCCCUCCUUCCACGGACGACACACAAGGUGCUCAGCUGAAGGCGACAGCGGGUAAAUGACGGGCAGGAAGUUGAGAAGGUCGUGUGACAUCGCGGUUGCCAUGACUACCUGGUGGAUGCUGGCGACGAUGCUGUGUGCGACUGUCGGCGUGACAAGAGCAGAUAAUCCUUGUAAAGCACCGCCUUGGGCUCUGCAAUGGAAUACAACACGUGGGGACAUGGCGACAGUCACGUGGUCAGUGGAACCUAACAUGACUUGCCACUCACGUCGGACCUGCUUCCCGAAAAUUCCCCUUGACGACCAAGAUAUGGAGCUGCAGUUGCUUCCUGUUGAAAUCCAAGAAGGAAAUUUCUUAAGUUUUCAAAGUGAGUUGUUCGGAGGGGGCUGGACCCUACCCACAGUGCCUCUGGAGGUGGAUGUCGAUGGCUUCCGGUCGUGUAACGUCACAGGAGGCGUUGCAGUGACGCACAUGGCCUCCAACCAGACCAUUGGAGUGGAUCCGGUCUUCCUCACGCCUGGCGUCCAUUACUUUAUUGUGGACGCUGCAGACGACCUGCUCGUAACGUGUGAGUCAGGACUACGUCUGAACGUGACCGUUAAGUCCGGCAACUGUCACGUCGCUGGUGACGUCAUGUGCUCCGACAGAGGACUUUGCCUUACACAACACGCGCAGAGCGACUACACCUGCUACUGCUGCGGCAAGUACCAAGGGAAAUACUGUGAGCAGUACACCACGUGCCCUUGUCAAAAUGGCGGCACUUGUCUGGAACAUUCCAAGUCUCAGGGCGGCUACUCCUGUGCCUGCCGACACGGUUUCCAGGGGCUGCUGUGCGAGGAGCGAGUGAAUAACAUGUGUGACGUCAUUUCCUGCAAUAACAGCGGCGUGUGCACAGGAAAUAGCACUCACUUCCACUGCGCAUGUCUGCCUGGCUUCACGGGCUCCCAUUGUGAGGUGGACGUCAACGACUGUGCGUCCUCACCCUGCGUCAACGGUCUGUGUGUGGAUGAGGUGGGCGGCUACACCUGUUACUGUCGGCCAGGUUUCCAUGGGCAACGGUGCGAGCUGGAUUACGACGAGUGCUCGACGAACCCCUGCGAGAACCAGGCCUUCUGCCAGGACCUGAGAGACAACUUCACCUGUCACUGUCAUCCGGGCUUCACGGGACGUCACUGCGCCAUCAAGGUGCAGGCGUGCGUCAGCCACCCGUGUCGAAAUGGCGCGCUGUGUGAAGAAGUGAGCAUCGCCUACAAGUGCAAGUGUGCACCGGGUUUCCAAGGUUCACACUGCGAGGUGAAUGUCGACGACUGCGAGGCGCGGCCAUGUUUGAACGGCGGGACAUGUGUGGACCGGGUGGGCGGGUACAGCUGCCUGUGUCACGAGAUGCACGCUGGCCCCAACUGCCAAUACCCGCUGGACAUGUUCGGCCCCAUGAUUGACAUCCGACGAGCAGACGACCACGAGGACGACGAGUUCCACGUGCGCAACAUGUACAUCGUCACGGCCAUCCUCACCUGCGCGGUGCUCAUAGUGCUGGGCGUGCUGGUCGCCUGCUACUGCCGCGUGCAAGCCACGAGACCUUUGACCUUACUGAAACGGCACGCUUACCGCCGACACCACGAUGACUCGUCACGACCCCUGGACAUCAGCUCCGUCGCUAGUCCUCGCCUGUCCGUUGAUGCCAUCUGGGAAGCCACCAGCCUCAACUAUGAUGUCACACAGCUCGGCUCCCCUCGCCACGUGGACUCCUUGAAGCCCAGGAGCGUGUGACAUCCUCUACAGUGUGUCAUCGCUGAGACAGGAAGAUGCUACAGUGUGUCAUCGCUGAGACUAAGAUGUUACAUUGUCAUCGCUGAGACAGUGUCAUCUCUGAGACAGGAAGAUGUUAUAGUGUCAUCGUUGAAACUAAGAUGUUACAUUGUCAUCGCUCAAACAGUAAGAUGCUAUAGUGUGUCAUCUCGGAAACAGGAAGAUGCUACAAUGUGUCAUCGCUGAGACUAAGAUGUUACACUGUCAUCGCUGAGACAGUAAGAUGGUACAGGUGUCAUGACUGAGACUGUAAGAAGACACUACAGUGCGUGAUAUUGAUAGUGAUACAAUGCUCUGUGACUAAGGAAACAGCGUGAUACGUCACUGUGCGCAGUGACACCUACAUGUCACGUGUCAAGCCGGAAGUUGGUGACAUGAGAAGCAACAUGGUGUCACGAGGUGUGGCGACAGCUUUAAAGCAUCAGGCAGCGCUUUAACUGUGUGACGAUGUCGACUUUGUGUCAAGCUCAAAUUGUGGACAGGUGUCACUGUCACACUCUUUACUUGUCAGUGUGACGUGUUGUCCCGAGAUGUGACUGCCUUGCAAGUGAUGUCACCUGUAGUGUCACAUAGUGUGAGGCAGGCUUUUCAGAGUAUCGUUUUAAUUUUCCACCAAAGGAGUCUUUGUUCUGCUAAAAACAUUUCGACAGUCUGGAUCCUUGGGUGUUCGACAGAGAACGUGACAGGUACACGUGACGCUCACCUCACCUGACUGGUGUUGUAAGCGAGUUCACAAUCUUUGCACCUGCAGACCUUAAGCUUACAUUUACAUGUUUGUGGGGUAUGGCCUACGGUUUUGACACAGCGAGACAGUGAUCAACCAACACCCGCUUGGAGUUGCUUAAUAAUAAUAAAAAAAACUUGUUUUGGAAGUCUGACCCCGCAAUAUAGACAUCAGUUUUCUUCUCUUCCUUGAGGUCCCUUCAACAAUCAAAAUAAAUGUUUGUGAUCUUCAGUCCUUGAAGGACAGUAAUGGAGAAAUCCUGACUGGAGGACUGGUUCAUGUAUCGGUUCACCCAUGUCUUCUGUAGAGUGAACCAUGGUGAAGAUUUGUUUGUGUGUGUGUGUGAGUGGAACUGCGCGUAUUACAUCAUGCUUUGUUUAUUUCGACAGUAUUGCAACAAAGACAACUCGCAGACAGCACUGUAAGAAAAGCAAUUUGCAUACAGAACUGUAACAAAGUACACAUACACCACUGUAAGAAAGACAACAUGUAUACAGUAAAUCUGAUAUCUUUGUACCCAGAGUAUUUUACUGUCCUAGUCCCGCCAUCGACUGAUGCAUGAUGUAUGAUGUUCUGUAAACAUGCAUGUUACACCACAAAACAUUUUUUUCAUUUGUCUUUUCACCAUCCCUCACGUGUUUUUUGUUUUGGCAGAACUGUCAAAUAGUUUUUAAUAUCAAAUUUACUCCAGUUGUGUCCAGUGCUAGGGUCGCCUCUUUGUUCCUGUCUACCAGAAGUGACACAAACUGGACUCCACGUGGAAAUGACAUGAAAGCACAUCUAGGGAUUUUCUCCUGCCGAGACCCCCAAGUAAUAAGCAGAUGCUUCACCUACCAUUAUCAUUAACCUUUAUUACAGUUUAUACAUCUAUUACACCUACUGUAGUACCUUUAAUUGACGGCACAAUUGACUGGAUCACAUCAAAGUUUGCCAAGAGCCGAGCAGGGGCUGGGCACUAAAGAUCACAUGACCGUCCAACCGCUAAACGUGUGCAGGUAGGUGGAAGAGAGGGAUUGUAAUCAUCCAUCAACAAAGAAAUCGAUUUCUGAAACCCUGACAAUGCUACCGGAAAUAACACGUGACUUGCUCUAGGCGGGAUUAACUCUGCUGACAUUUAAUACAUGGCUCGUAAUAAUAAUUAAGGUGUCGGAGGCAAUUUUUUUUUAAAAUCUGUGCUUUUCAGUCCUUUUCAUGAAAAUCCUUCCCUAUCCUGGAUGUUGAAAAACCUUGCAACUCAAUACUCAAUAGUAAACACAUACAUAAAGAAAACAAUCUUAACAUCCUGUCUCUUUGCUUUAAACCUGUGUGUGUUUUUUUAAAAAUUGAUUUUUUUAGGAGUCG